AUGUCGUCGUCCACCCGAUCGGCUAUGGCCCAACGACAUGUGCGAAGUCGCCCAUCACAAUCAGGCGCAGUUGCCAGACAACACACACCUCAGCCAGUCUCUGACGACAACCCAGUUACGACAGUCGAACGCGACAUUUACGCUAUUGAGAGCAGCCAGGACGCUCCCGCCAGCCCGGCUACGGCGAACGUCUCUAUCCCCCGCAGAGGACGUGGUCGUCCCAGAAAAAGAAAGGAGUCGCCUACUGCAGAAAUGGACGAAGUCAACCCGGACAACUCCCGGCGGAAUCCCAAACGCAAAGCAACCGAGGCUGCUGCUGCUGCAACAAGCGCCGCGGCGGCUGAUGAGGCCAGGGACCCCUAUCUCCUCCUGCGCGAGGCUCUACGACCGAUCAGUCAAGAGGAGCUCCAAGAAUGGGAAGGAUGGUGUGAAGUUGAGUCCGAGCCGGCAUUCUUUACUGCCAUGUUGCGCGAAAUGGGUGUCCGAAAUGUCAAGGUCCAAGAGGUCUUGUCCGUCGAUGAGGACUACGUGGCAAUGCUUCCGCAGCCUGUCUACGGAUUCAUUUUCCUAUACCAGUACUUCGCGGAGAACUACGAAGAUGACCAAGUAGUUGAUGGCCGCGACCUUUGGUUUGCCAACCAGACGACAGACAACGCUUGUGCCACGGUCGCGCUGACCAACAUCUUGAUGAAUAGCGACGGAGUUGACCUCGGGAAAAAACUUCAAGACUUCAAGGAAGCUACCAAGGAUCUCAGCACUCCACUCCGCGGCCACGCCCUCAGCUCCAAUACCUUUAUUCGUUCCGUCCACAAUUCAUUCACUCGAAGGAUGGACCAUCUGAAUGCGGACCUCUUCCUCGAGAACGAAGCCAGUGAAUCCAAGAAAAAGAAGCGGAGAGCUCCGUCCAAGAAGAAGACGAAAAAGCAAAAGAUCAACUCCGAGUCCGGCUUCCACUUCAUUGCCUAUGUCCCGGCUAAUGGCUCGGUAUGGGAACUUGACGGGCUGAAGACUCGACCAGUUUGCCUGGGGCCGCUCGAAGAUGGUGCUCACUGGACCAACCUAGUACGGCCCGAAAUCCAAGCGCGCAUGCUACAGUUCGAAGAGAGCGCUCUCUCAUUUAAUCUCCUCGCACUCUGUCAUACUCCGCUCGCAUCAAUUUCCGAUAGUAUCACCAGCACUAUCCGCUCAUUCGAGCUCCUGAGCCACCGUACCAGAGGAUUGCCAGGAUGGGAAGAUCUAAUUGCCGGCAAUGAGCAGCCAUUAAGAGGUGACGAACAUGAGCGACUCGCUGGUUUCGGUUGCAGGCCCGCAGACAUUGACCACGCCAGAAUCGACCCAGAUUUCGAGAGGAAGGUCAAGAACCCAUCUCUGGAGAUGAUGGAACUUUUCGAACUGUAUAGCGAACUGGUCACGCAACAGAAGUCACAAAUAGGAGAGUACAAUGCGGAGAUCGCUCUCAUGAAGGAAGACGAGGAUCGCGUUCAGGGGCGAAAGAAGGACCACACGCCGGCAAUUCACUGCUGGGUGCAGAAGCUCGCAGACCAAGGUGUCCUUGCUGACUGGGCCGCGAAUCCCUGA